CCUCCUCCUCCUCCUCCUCCUCCUCCCUGGGUGUGUCUGUGAGAGCUGCUGCUUCCUGGAGGUGAAGAGACGCUGAAGUGUUGGCAGAGAGGUCCUGAAGGUUCUCUGAGGAGGUUCUGGUUGUUCUCUGACAGAAGAUGAAGGUUCUGCUGCUGCUGGUUGGGAUCCUGCUGCACGUGUCCCUGCAGGUCUCAGCUGUGGAGAUGUUUGAGGGGGAGUUCAUCUUGAUGUCCUGUGAGUUUCCUACAUUUGGUGUGGACCAGCCCACAGUGGUUUGGACCCGGUCCAACCUCAGUCCUUCAAUCGUCCACCAGCGCCAGACGGACGGAGAUGAACUAAAAGAUCAGAACCAGCUUUACAGAGGCAGAACCUUCAUGAAGCCUGAUGCUCUGGAGACCGGAGAACUGACCCUGAACCUGACCAAGCUGCAGGUGUCUGACACCGGAACCUACACCUGCACCGUCAGAACCUCUAUAGGAGAAAGAACAUCUACGGAAGAACGGCGAGUUACAGACAUAGAACUACUGGUUAAAGAACGAUUUCCAUCCUGGGCCAUAGCUCUCCUGGUUCUCCUGGUUCUGGUUCUAAUUAUCUCUGCAGUUCUUUUAUAUCAUUUCUGGAAGUAUUUCAUGCCAGGAUAA